CUUGCGCACGCUAGAGCCCAGUAGUAGCAAUUCCUGCUACCAACAUACGUAGUUCGUACUUGCGUAUUGUACUAGUCAUGCCUCUCAUAGGCAAGGUAUGAAUCGUAUGCCAUGUGUACUCAGGGUUACCCUUGCCGGAAGACGCCGACCUUGAAGGGUCCCCCCCCCCCGGGCGCCUCUACCCCGUGCGCGCAGAUUCCUGUCACGAUUCAUCCGUUCAUGUUCCGACUCAUCUGGAUUCUGCAACGUGCUCAACGCUCCUCACGACACGCCGACCGAUCCGAGCAUCCAGCAGCGCUAGCCGGUGCGCGCGCGCCCUAGUUGGUUCUCCUUUCAUCAACCACCAGCCUUCAAAACUUGACGACCGCCGUUGUGUCCCGCGAAAUGGUCGCCGCCCUCUAAAACGGAACGAGGGCCGUGUAUGACUUCGCCUCAACUGUUUUGGCUACACCAGACAGACCCGUCUGGCGAGACGUGCUUGUCAACGCCAUCAUCACCAGUCUGUUUGAGCACAUUGUUUGACGACACCGUUUUGUUUGACGAUACGUAUCGGAAAGCGACAUCGACCCUUUCGGCUCACGACAUGCCUCACAGGCGGCAUUAGACGAACAAAAGCACAUCCUCCUCGUCCAGUCCAGUCCAGUCUCUCUGCUGCUGGCUCCCCGCUGGCGGAGAGCCCUCCUCAUCGGCAGACACCAUGGACAUGGAUCAUAUGCACGACAUGGGCAUCGGCUCCGACAUCAACUAUGCCUUUGCCCGCGAUUACUGGUACAUUGCCGCCGGCGUCGUUGGACUGCUCGUCUCCGUCCGCGCCGUCAACCACAUUGGCGCUCGCCAGAGGUUAAAAGCAUGCCACGAUCCGACCAUCAAGCAACCCACUCACCCCGACGGCGCCCUCUCCCAGGCUUGGGCUACCACCACCGCCAUCGUACGCGAGCUCUCCCUCCCGCAACUAUACAUCCCAACGCGCGGCCUACGCUGGGCGACCCCUCCGCCGCUGGGCCGCGUCGUCUUCCUCCUCUGCUACUGGGCCGUCGUCGUGGCUUUCAUGUCAUGGAACGUUGUCAUCAAGGACGUCUACUUCUGGGAGCGCAUCGGCUACCGCAACGCCUGGGUCUCCAUCAUGCAGCUGCCGAUGCUGUAUCUCCUCGCCAUGAAGCUCAACCCCCUCGCCUGGCUCGUCGGCUCCAGCCACGAGCGCAUCAACUGGCUGCACCGCUGGGUCGCGCGCACCAUGUUCGUCACCGCCACCGUCCACGGCUUCCACUUCUGGACCGAGUGGGUGCUCGCCGACUUUGUCGACUACGAGCUGUCCAUCAUGCCGCUCGUCCGCUACGGGCUCGGCGCCUGGGGCGUCCUGCUGUGGUCCGUCAUCGUCGGCUUCCUGCCGAUACGGAGGCUCGCGUACGAGGUCUGGCUGCUGCAGCACAUCGUCUCGGCCGUCGUCAUGCUGUGGCUGCUGUACAAGCACAUCCCCGCCACCGCGCAAUACCUCUUGUGGAUGGCCAUUUCGUUUCUCGUCUUUGAUCGGGCCGCGCGAUGGCUCCUUCUGCUCUGGCAGAACACGCGAUGGGGCCGUCUCAGCGCGUCUUCUUGCCAGAGCAUGAAGCGCAUCGGCCACGGCGUGUCUCUGCGAGCCAUGGGCGACAGCGUCACCGCCGUGACCAUCAAAGAUGUCCACUUCCAGUGGCACGCUGGACAACAUGUCUAUCUCUGGAUCCCGCGCCUGGGGCCUCUCGAGGCGCAUCCAUACACCAUCGCCAACGCCCACCAAAUCAAGGGCACGUGCUGCUGCGACAGCAUUCAGCUCAUUGUGCGCGCCCACGGCGGCUUCUCCAAACGUAUUCACGACUACGCAAGCCGACAUCCCGAACGCGUCCUCACUGGCUUCUUGUCCGGCCCGUAUGGCGCGCCGCCGCAAUGGGACGUCUACGAGACGGUCGUGCUCAUCGGGGCUUCAACAGGCGCGAGUUUCACCAUUCCUAUACUAGAGUACGUCGCGGCAGCGAACCAUAGGACGUGCGUGAAGAAGAUGGAAGUCGUGCUGAUAGCCCGGACCGCGGAGGAGUUGUCGUAUUACAUCCAGCGGGCCAAGGACGCCGGCAAGGACGCCAGAGAGAAGGGCAUCGACGUAAGGCUUCACGUUGCCAUAACAGGAGGGGUCUCGGAGGGCGAGGCUGGCGUUCCGCUCGUCCAGCUCCGACGCGAGGACAGCAGCAGCAGCCGAAAGGGCCACCAGCACCUCUCCAGCUUCGACGAGAAGACGGCGGACACGGAGCUGCUGCGCGACCGAAGCACGGCGGUGGACCAGCCCGCCACGUCCUCGGGGUGCUGCUGUCGGCGCAGCAACUCGUCCGCCACGGCCGGCAGCAUGGGCUCGGCCGCCAGCAUUGAGUACCUGCGCGAGUACAGCUCACGGCCCGACGUCGAGGCGCUGAUACGCGAGCCUGUCGAGCGCGCCUGGGGCGAGACGGCCGUCGUCGUCUGCGGCGGCAAGGAGCUGGUUGCGCGGACGAGGAAUUGCGUCAGCAGGUUGAGCGACGAGCGGGCGGUGCAUAAGGGCACCGGAGCGCAGGGGAUAUACCUACAUGUUGAAGAAUAUGCAUUCUAACGACUAUUAAUGUUACGAUU